AUGUAUUUGGUUUAGAGAUAAGAGCUGCUUAACUGCAAACAAUAAUUUUAAAUACUAUACAAACAAUCAAUCCAUGAUUUUUUAAAAACAUUUGGCUAUGUUUAUGAGAAAGAAAUUUCAAGAAGUAGUUCUUCUUUAGUAGUGUAAGCUAAAUCUCUCAAGAAUAAUAAUUCUAAAGUGGCAAUUAAAAUACUAAAUUACGAAUACAAUUCUAAAAUAAAUAUUUAAAAACUGAAAAAAUAAGUAGAAUUUUUAGAUAGUCUAAAAGGAGAGAAAUAUGUGCUUUAGUUUAUUGAAAUAAUUCAAGAUUUAACUUAUGGUAUUACAGCGAUAGUCACAGAAUACUGCGAAACAAAUUUAGCUUAAAUUCUAGAGAUAAAUAAGCUAAAAAUAGAGUAAGUUUAUGCUUUGGCGUAUUAACUUUUAAAAGGCUUGCUUUUAAUGUAGGAGAAAGGGAAAUCAUUGAGAUAUAUUGAGCCUGAAAAAAUAUUUUACAGUGCAUCGAAUAACUAAUUUUUGUUAUCUUACUUAAGUUUUACCAGGUUAAUUCACUCUGAAAACAAUGAACAAUAAUAAGGAAAUUUGAACUAUUAAUCACCUGAAGUCAUUGAUAAGAAAAAACCAUACACAAUUACAGCUGAUAUCUUUUCAAUAGGUGUGAUUCUUCUUGAAGCUUUACUUCAAAGAAAACUAAAAGGUAUGGAGUAUUUAAAGCUAAAAAGUUAAAGUUUGAUGAGCGUUUUACCUGAUCUUUUAAAUGAAUAAAAUCGUUAAUUUGUAACUAAUAUUUUAAGUAAAAUGGUAGAUCCAGAUUAUUGUAAAAGAAGUCAGCCAAUUAAUAUAUUAUAGCUUCUAAAUAAAUUGAAGGUAGAUUAAAAACACCUUAAGCUUAUUAAAUUAGACAAAAAUAUAGAAAAUAGAGAUGUUUAGCUUUAAGCUACUAACUAACAGGAAAACAUCUAAAGUAUAUCUACAUAGUCAAUAUAAAGAGAAUAAAUUAAAAUGGCAACUGAAAAAGAAAAAAUAGUCUGUAUUUAAAUUGACGAAGAUGAAGAAGAUAUUAUUGAAAAUUAAAUUGGAUAGUAAAAUGUUAAAGUAGAGUUUGAUGAAAUUUAAAACUAAAAGACAAAUAUGUAAAAUUUUGAAGUCUAGUAAAUAAAACCGACUAUAGAAAUAACUAAAAGUUCUUAAAAUGUUAAUUAAAAUGAAAAUUUGAGAUAGAUUGUUAAAGAAGAAAACACAGAAAAUAUAUUAAAUGAAAAAUAGAAAAAUGAAUAAAAAGGAUAAAUUGAAAAAGUUUAAAAAUAUUUUGAAAUUGAUGAAGAGGAAAAUUUUAUUGAAACUUAAAUUGGAUAACAUAAUAUGAAAGUGGAAUACAAUGAAACUUCAAAUUAAAUAAAAAAUAUGAUAAAUGGUGAGGACCAGAAAAUAUAACCAGUAAAUGAAAUCAUAUAAAGUUCUAAAAAUAUUAAAGAAAAAGAAAAUUUAAGUUAGAUUAUUAAAGAAGAAAACACUGAAAAUAUAUCAAAUAGUAUUUAAUAAAAAGAAUAGAAAAGAAUAUAAAUUUAAAAUGAAUAAUAACAAUAAGUUAUAAUUAAUGAAGAUGAAAAUUAAAUUGGAAAGGAGAAUAUUGAAAAAGAUUUUUGUGAAAUUUAAGAUUAAAAAAUAAAUAUGAAAAAUGCUGAAGAUCAGAAAAUCAAGUCUUUAAAAGAAAUUAUUUAGAUUUCUCCUAAUAUUAAUGCAAAUGAAAACAUUUAGCUUGAAAAAUAAAAUUAAAAAGACAUUGGAUAGAAUAUUAUGAAUAAAUAGAUAAUACUAUCUCAAAAUAUUGAUCAUUCCGAUUAAAUCUAAAAAGAUAAAAGCAAUUUUGAAGAAUAUAAGUAAUCUUUAAUGGAAAUUGAAAAAGAAGAUCAAUAAGAAAUUAAUCUAGAAAAUUAAACCAAUCUUCAUUAAGAAAAGCAAAUAAUAAAUAUAUAAUUCGAUUCAACUCAAAUUAAAAAAAAUAAAAUUCAAAAAGAUAAACUUGAAUAGGAAAUUAUGUCUGAAAUUUUAUUAUGGAUAUAAAUAUAAAAUAGUAAUAUUGCAUAAAAUUAUUAAAUUAUUUUAGAGGAUAAAGAAGUUUAAAAUAGUUUGAAUAAACUUAUACAAUAUUUAAAAUAUAAUUCAUUUCAUGCUAAAAGUUAUAAUAAAAAUAGCUAAAGGGUAUUAAAAAUCGUUGACACCAUAAAAAUUCCUUAAUAAGAUCAAAACUAUGAAAUUAUCGAUAUUAAAUUCAAAAAUAAUAUGCCUUCAGAAGAUGAAAUAAUAAAAAUAGGAAAAGUCCUAUAAAAAUGCAUAAGCAUAGAAUAAAUAAGCUUGGAUUUUAAUAAUAUUGAUUAUUACUUCAAUUCUGGAAUUAGCAAGUAGAAAUGCUUUUAGUAGCUUAUUUAAAAAUUUGAUAAGUGUGAUAAUUUGUCAUCUUUAAGCCUUAAUGUAAGUUUAGAUAUAGAAGGAGAAAGAUAAUUAGGUAAAUGGUUUGGCUUGUGUAGAAAUCUUCUCUUCUUAAAUUUAAAAUUAACUUUAACCUAUUCUUAUCCACAAACUGAAAAUGUUGUCUCUAAUAUUAUUUAAGGGUUAUUUUAAUGUAUAAACUUGGUCUAUAUAGAUUUGAGUUUAAGGUAUUAAUUAUUUUUAUAAAUAAAUUAUUCUAAAAGUAAUCUAUUUUUUUAACAGUAAUUAUUAGUUUAAAUCAUAAGAAUUUUGCGAUUUUUGUGA